AUGGAUUCAUUCUACGCCAUUUUCCUUCCCAGCCCCAACGUUAUGGACGAGAAUAGUCUGUCAGCUGAGGAUGCCUACACUCCCGUUUCCUUUGGCGACGGAGGCCACUUCACUCAGCCUGGUCUGCCCACUCGAUCUGUGACGCAAAAUCUGUCCACACAGUAUCCCAGUCUACAACUCGAGUCGAAGUGGGAUUCGAAGGAGCCCCUGGAUUAUAUAAACCAUAAAAGAAAUAAUAAUAAGUACCACGUUGCGUUCAGGAUCCACUCGGAUCCCGUCGAUGGUGAGGUCGCAGUUAGCGCAGCAGUCCUCGGCAAAUUUGUAGGGCCGGGGAACACGGGGAACGACCGUCUCACUGGCACCCGGAGUCGAACUCAUACUGCUUAUGACGUUCGCAACCGCUCGUCAACCGAGGCUCGUCUGGUUGAGGUAUCCGAUCUGAGCGGUAUUGCGUGUUGUGUGAGCCGAACUAGCUAA